GAGGCAUUCCACACAGGAACCAGGCUCACAUUGUUUGAUGGCCACGGACAUUUCCACAGUGCCUGGGAGGGUCGAAAGCUUUUUCCGCUCUUUGUUACAAAUCUUUUUUUUUUCCUUCCUUUUUCCAACUUUUCGUUUAAAGAAUACUGCCAGGGCAUUCCAGCACUAAUUCAGGCUGCGCUCCGGAGAGGAGAACAACAGACAGGUGUAAUUGGGUGGGAAAAAAAGCCCACAAUGCUAGUGAAGGUUUUGCUCAUCUGUAACACAAUAGGACUGGCUAAGCUGGCCCGGCACAUCGACCAUCACGGCUACCACGAUGUUCCGAUGCAUGGCUCAAAGGCACAGAGCCACCAGACCCCCACAGACCCGGAGAGGGCUCUGCUGCAGGAGGAAGAGGGCUCCUGGGAGGCAGCAGAGCGCCGGGCAGAUGUGCCAGAAUACUCUGUGAGUAUUGCCUACCCACACCAGGGAGAAAGAGAGCAGCUGGAAGCUGUCAGCCCGCCAUCCCAAAACGGGAACUGGUGUUCUGUCACACAGUCUCGUCUGGUGACAUACAUUGAGGCCUGCAUGAAGGAGAAAUACAUUGUCAACUCCCAGCAGCCCUGCCCAAACGGAGCUCCAGAUUGCCAGAAGAUCAUGUACAGGACAGCCCUGAAGCCAGUCUAUCAAGUGAAACAGAAGGUUCUGAAGUCUUUGCAGUGGAAGUGCUGCCCUGGAUUUAUUGGGAAGGAUUGUGAACAACGCGAUCCUAAUGUCAUUACAGCACCAAGAAGUCAAACCGAAGGACGGCAAGAAGAAGAGUCCUCAAACCACAUGUCAACACCAGUGGAUUCAAGAGAGCUGUUGGAAGUCAUUCAAAAUCAGGAGGCAUUACUGGAUGAUCUUCAAAGUGAUAUUCAUCAAGCAGUCAGCAACUUAGGUGAUUUACAGCGAAUAUUUGAAAACAACGGUACAAGCAUGGUCUUAGAAGUGAACCAGAGUAAUGAAGAUUUUCAGGAAAGGCUUCUGCGGCAAUUUUUGUUUCCCCACAUGGAGAAUUUUCUAAGGAAACAUUUGAACCCAAUGUGGGCGAGCUUCAACAGAAGCUUACAGAAUCUCUCCAACAUAGUAAGAAACCUGUCCCACGAUGUGGAAACCAACAAGAAAAGCAUAGAAAGAUUCCAAGAGAGCACAGUGCCUAAAAAAGAGUUCCAGGAGCUGGGAACUAAGUUCGAAUCUAAAGUCCAGGAAAAUGUAGUGAAAGUUGAUCAAAUAAGAAGAGAGAUAGAGAAUCAAUUGCAAAUGCAGCAGGCUAGUAUUGAGCAUAACCUCACCAUAAUUAGGGCAGAUACUGACACAAGGCUGAAGAAGCAUCACAAGAUACAGCAGUCCCAUCACUUAGCUUUGAACAACAACAUGACAAAUAUGAAACACGAGCAAAACAAUCUCGAAAAUAAAUUUGAGACUUUGAAAAAAAAUUUAACAGAACUCUCCUCGCAUCACAGUCCCAAAGAUGAAACUACACAGUUAGCCAUCAGACAAAUAAACGACAUGCUGGCAGGGCAUGCAAAACAGCUUAAAGACCUCUACAUGGAGUCAGAUGUGGCCUUUCAGAAUAUUGCAGUUCUAGAGAGAUGGUUUAAGGAGUUGAAAAAAAAUAUCUCAAAGUAUAGGCCUGAAGAUGUUUCAAUAACUUUAAUGGAGAAAUCAGUUCUUAUUGAAGAAAAUAAAGCAGCAAUGGAAAGGCAGAUAUCAGAGAUGAAUGAUACUCUCUCAAAUCUUCAGGAAAACUAUUCAGAUCUGUUGAGAUAUAUGGAGGAAUGUAAUUGCCAGAAGAUACCUUCUGACACCAAUAUACUUGAGGAAGAUUUAAAGAACAUCACUUAUUCCCUUGAGGGCCAACAAUCAAAGGACAUGAAGCAGUUAGAAUCUGUUUUCAAAGACCUCUUGAGGAAUGAAAUGGAAGAGCUCUCCUCAGCCUUUCCAUUUAUCCAUCAGUCCCUUAACCUGCGUCAAGAAGAAAACAGACAGCUUCAGUUGCAAGUUGCAUCUUUUUCAGAAGACAUAGGCCUCUUGAAGAAGAAAGAUGAAGAAAUUCAUAGACACAUCAAGUACCUCAACAGUUCUUUCGGCUCACUUUUAGAAGAUGCCAUGCGGCACGAAGCUGCACUGGAGGCUUUACUGGGAGAAGAGUUUAUGGAAGUCCUAUUUGAGGAAGAUCCCAGUACCCUAAUAUCAUCAGUAGUUCAGCUGCAGGAAUUUCUGAAAGAGAUCUCAAAUAAACUCCAAAACCAAAAUAUGACUUUAGAAUCUCUUGUAAAGAGAUUCCAUCGCUUGGAGAGAGGACAACAGAAUAAUCACAGUGUUCAUGCAUCUUCAAAGCGUCCCAAACAGGAAACUCAGACACACUCUGUACUGGAUGAAGCUAAUCAGCUCAGCAGUGUAGAACAUAUGGAACCUAAUUAUGAGGCUUCCAAAGAUGACUCCUUGCACAGCUCAAUGUAUAAUGACAUAAUGACUCUGAAGAAUGACAUCAAAUAUCUGAGUCUGGCAAUCAAGAGGCACGAAUCCAGAAAUGACAUGAGUAUCUGCUGCAAUCAUACAAUUGCAAAUGUAGUAGAACCACUUAACACUUCUGUGGAAAUUAUCUCAGGAGAUUUAGAAAAAAUUGAAGAGAAGCUGGAAAAACAUCUGCUGAUUUUCAAAAAGCUGUUUGGAAGCGAUGAAGGAUUACUUGCCUCAAAUAUAAGUCUGGAUGUUGCAAAGAUUCAGUCAAUGCUUACCAGAAAAGUGAGAAGGCAAGAGAAAGGCCAAGACAAGCAAAGAGACAAAAAAAAGCCUGAGAAGCCGAGAGAAAAUACACAGAUAGUAAGUGGAAGAAAUAGAGUGCAGACUGAACUGCUGGAAAAAGACUCAUCAGUAGCAUUCCAUGUGGGAUUCUCAGACAGAAAGGAUAAAGAAAAAGCUCUGAAAUUUAACGAAACAUACCUCAAUUAUGGAAGCAGCUAUUUUCCUGAACAUGGCUACUUUAAAGCACCGCACAAAGGCGUCUACCUGUUUGUCAUCUCUGUGGAGUUUAGUUCAGGACCAGCACUGGGACAGCUCUCUUUUAGCCGUGGGUACAAAAGAACUCUCUCAAGUAGUCAGAGGAAGACACCAGAUGGAAAUACCGUAACUUCUUUUGCUAUGGCAGAAAUGGAAAAGGGAGAGAAAGUGUGCUUUGAAUUGCUGCAGGGCACUGUCAAGAAACGAAGUCCACCUGGGACAACAAUGAGUGGAUUCCUACUAUUUAAAACUUGAACAGUAACACUGUGUUUUACUGAUAUUUUUUCCAUAGAUGCAAUGGAUCAAUUCACUAUUGCUUCAUCUGUGAUGUAUUCAAUCCUACUGCAUGUGUUUAAACAUAGCACUACUCUAGGUUUGUCUUCAU